AUGGACCCAGCCCUGGAGAUGAAGAGGAAUAGGUUCCCCAGCAUGAACUUUGAAGCAGAGAUUCUGACAGCUCCACACGAUAAUUCAGAGCUAUAUGUGAUCCCUUCCAUGAGAAGUCUCACGGCUGAGGAGUAUGUAGAGGCCUUUAAGUCAUUUUUGGAUCAUUCAACAGAGCACCAGUGCAUGGAUGAGUUCAACAAGGAAGAAAUGCCCAACAUCAUGGCUAGUCUCGGCAAUGGAAAGUCGACUAUAAACGUUCUGGGGGUUGGAAGUGGCACAGGUGAGCAGGAUUUGAAAAUGAUCAGGAUUCUGCAGGCUGCACACCCAGGGGUCCUUAUUGACAACGAAGUCAUAGAGCCCAACCCACAGCACGUGGCAGCUUACAAAGAGUUGGUCAAUCAAGCUCCAGACCUGCAGAAUGUCUCUUUUAUUUGGCACCAGCUCACUUCCUCAGAGUAUGAACAACAGGUGAAAGAGAAAGGCGCACAUAAGAAAUUUGACUUCAUCCAUAUGAUCCAGAUGCUGUACCGUGUGGAGGAUAUUCCCAAUACUAUCAAGUUUUUCCACAGCUGCCUUGACCAUCAUGGUAAACUCCUGAUCAUAAUUUUAUCAGACAGUAGCGGAUGGGCCAGCUUAUGGAAGAAGUACAGACACUGCUUGCCUUCCACCGACAGCGGCCACUACAUCACCUCCAACGGCAUCGCAGAUGUUUUGAAAAGACUGGGUGUUGUGUACCACAUUUAUGAGUUCCCGUCAGGCUGGGAUAUAACCGAGUGCUUUGCUGAGGGGGACCCGGUUGGGGGCCGCAUGAUGGAUUUCCUGACGGGGACAAAAAACUUCCUGGGCACAGCCCCCCCGGGGCUGCGGCAGCGGCUGCAGGAGGCUCUCUGCCAGCCCGAGUGCAGCAGCAAAAAGGACGGGAGGAUCAUCUUCAGCAACAACUUGAGUAUGAUUGUGGUUGAAUCCUAG